UUUUUUACGAAAAGAUCAUUUCUUCUUCACGCGACACCGUCGCAGAUGGAUUGCGUCAUCGGGCUUUCCGAGCAGGCCGGACUGCAAAAAAAAAAAAAAAAACGGUCUGACAAAAAAGAUGGCAUUCGACACAGAAAACGACGAUCUAUUUGAUUUUAUUGUCAUGGCGGAAGAAAAAUUCCGAGGGGAGGGCUACGAAGAAGGCUUUAAGAAAGGGACCGAUCAGGGUCUGCAGACUGGCCGCAGACACGGCGCUUCGCACGGGGCUCAACUCUCCGCGGAGAUUUCCUUUUAUUAUGGAUUUGCCGCGACGUGGAAAUGUCUUCUGCAGCACGGAUCGGAGCCGAAGCAAAGGAAACGACUGAAAGCCCUCGAAUCUCUUUUGGGGUUGAUCCAGAAUUCCAGCUGCGAAGACCCCAAAGCGACAAAGCUCAAGGAGGACAUGGAGAAGCUUCGAUGCAAAUUCAGACAGGUUUGCUCCAUCCUCAGCAUCCAGGCCGACUUCAAGGAGUACGCCAAAGUGUCUAACGGCGCUUCCUUCUAAAGUCUUGACAUUACACGACGGUUGUUGAAGUUUUAUUGUUUUGUUUCAGUCAGAAAUACGAAGACGUAAAAUAUAUACGAAGAGAUCUGUAAAGCUGGCAAAUGUAAUUUCAUUGUCACUCUGAGGACUUUUUU